GGUUGGAGGGGGAGGAUUAUUAGGGUUUUUAAUUAGGAAAAUGUGCAGCAGAGGGCACUGGCGGCCUGCGGAAGACGAGAAGCUUCGAGAACUGGUGGAGCGUUACGGGCCUCAUAACUGGAACGCCAUAGCUCAAAAGCUGCAAGGAAGGUCGGGGAAGAGCUGCCGGUUGAGAUGGUUCAAUCAGUUGGAUCCACGAAUCAACAGAACCCCUUUCACGGAGGAGGAAGAAGAGAGGCUUAUGGCCUCGCACAGGCUUCACGGCAACAGAUGGGCCAUCAUCGCAAGGCUUUUCCCUGGCCGCACCGAUAACGCCGUCAAGAACCACUGGCACGUCAUCAUGGCUCGUAGGUCUAGAAACAAAUCCAAAACCCAAACCCAAACCCCAUCUAAUUCUCUUCAUCAUCACAACAAUAAUCAUCAUCAUCAUCAUCAUAAUCAUAAUCGCCUUCUUCUUUCUUCCUUUCUCCAACUCCAUACAUGUCCCACUUCUAAUUCAUUGUUCAUCCCCAAACCACCAUCUGUGGAUGCAGCACGUACUAAUGCAUCCGUUCAUUAUUACGACUUUCUCAACGUAAACACGGAGUCCAUAAAUGGAAGUGAAGUGAUAGACAACUCAAGAAAAGAGGAUUAUGAAGAGGUCAACAAUGGAGAACAUCAAUCGGUACUUCCCUUCAUUGAUUUCUUUUCUGCCUCCCAAACCUCCACUAAUAACGAUUCCAUCUCAUCCUAUUCCUAAUAUGUGUAUAAUUAUUAUUAUUAACCCUAAAACCCUCCUUUUAUCUUACAUUUCCCUCUAACUCAUGAAAAUCACACCCCGCCCAGACCCAUAUAUAAUUUACAUAUAUACAUACUUUCUAUCCCAUUGUAAUUUGUACACACAAUUUCACACUUACAUUACUUUUAUUAUAAUUUCUAUUAUUUCUAAGCUUUGUUGGGU